CUACCAAUAGUGGAGGAAACCGUGCAGAGCUGACUGGAUUUCUAAGUCGCCGGUUACUUUGACCAGCCACUAUUUAUCGUUACAAACUGAGCUCCACUUUCUUGUAGAUAAUCGCUCAUUGCUUUUCCUAGCUCUAAGGGACCGUGCUGAACAACGACUAUCAUCAUCAUCAUCAUCAUCAUCAGAAAGAGAAGUAGCCAGAACAACAGCCGCUCAACUGAAGCGUACCAACAUAAUAACGUAAGGAAUCAGCUGUGUGUGUGAUUUAAAAACGUGGAUUAUGGAGAAGUUAUCAGAUCAAUUUUAGGAUCAUUUCCAGACUAGAGAAAAGUGCUCAGAUCCAUCGGGAUGGUUGAAGAGUUAUAGCAAGGAAAGUAAUCACACUCCUAAGUAAGGCACUAAUGGAGAAUGAGACCAUCCCUUCGGGCUACGUCCCACAUUACCUUCUACGAGGAGAUCCCUUUGCUUCCAAGCUGUCCAAGGAGGCAGACAUAGUGGCGGCGUUCUACAUCCUUAUCAUCGGUAUCUUGUCAGCCACUGGAAAUGGUUAUGUCAUAUAUAAGACCAUCAAACGGAAGAGCAAGUUAAAGCCGCCAGAGUUCAUGACACUGAACCUAGCUGUGUUUGACUUUGGCAUAUCAGUCACUGGAAAACCAUUCUUCAUAGUGUCUAGUUUUUCCCAUCGCUGGUUGUUUGGCUGGCAGGGCUGCCGCUACUACGGCUGGGCCGGCUUUUUCUUCGGAUGCGGAAGUCUCAUUACCAUGACGAUUGUCAGCUUAGACCGCUACUUGAAGAUCUGUCAUUUAAAAUAUGGUUCAUGGUUCAAACGGCAUCAUGCCUUUCUAUCUGUGGUUUUUACAUGGAUCUACGCUGCCUUCUGGGCCACCAUGCCAGUGGUGGGCUGGGGCAACUACGCACCUGAGCCGUUUGGCACCUCCUGCACGCUGGACUGGUGGCUGACCCAGGCCUCGGUGUCUGGCCAAAGCUUUGUCAUGUGCAUGCUCUUCUUCUGCCUCAUCUUCCCCACCUGCAUUAUCUUCUUCUCCUAUGUCAUGAUCAUCUCCAAGGUGAAAUCCUCAGCCAAAGAAGUCUCUCAUUUCGACACACGGAACAAGAACAACCACAUCUUGGAGAUGAAGUUGACUAAGGUGGCGAUGCUGAUCUGUGCUGGGUUUUUAAUAGCUUGGAUCCCUUAUGCUGUGGUAUCGGUGGUGUCUGCUUUUGGAGAGCCUGAUUCAGUGCCUAUCUCAGUCUCUGUUGUGCCAACUUUGCUGGCCAAGUCCUCUGCUAUGUACAAUCCAAUCAUAUACCAAGUCAUCGACUGUAAGAAGAAGUGUGCAAAAUCAUCUUGCUUUCAAGCUUGGAGUAAAAAGAAACACUGCAAGACAUCAAGGUUCUACUCCAUCUCUGCCUCCCUGAAACAGAGACCAGCCAAUGAAGUUCCAAUUGAGAUAUGAGGAAAUGACAGGAACUCACAAUGGGCCUGUGAUAGGACACUGGGCAAUUUGUUAUUGUGCAAUUUAGUCAUCAACAGUUCACACCUGCCUAACU